AUGUGGCGCUGGAUCAGAGGAUGCGGGCCUGAGACCAGUUCCCAAGCGGUGGCCUUGGCCGAAGGUUUCCUCCUGAGUCAGGCAGAAGAAAAGAGGCAGGCAAAACAGAGGUGCGGUCCAUCCAUGAAGAUGGAAGCUAAGUUUUGUGAGACAGAAAGUACUCGGUUGGAGGAAGGGCGGCGGAUCUGGGCCCCGGCGUGUGCCAAAGAUGCCCUCUCACGCAGCAGUGAAGAUACAGUGCUGAUCCAUUCUCUUUGCAGAGGUGUGGAGACAGCUGCUUCUCCUCCAGUCCAGUCUCCAGUUUCUUUUGAGGAGGUAUCGGUGCAAUUCACUGAGGUAGAGUGGGCCCUGCUGGAUCCGGACCAAAGAGCUCUCUACAAGGAAGUCAUGCUGGAGAACUACAGGAGUGUGGCCUCUCUGGCAGGGGAUGAUCAGUGGAAUGAGGGUGAUGAAGUGCAUCAGCUACUCCCAGAUAAAGUGAAGAAACAAUUUGAAUGCUCAGAGUGUGGAAAGAGAUUCAGUCAAACUGGCCAUCUAAAGAGGCAUCUAAAAACACACACAGGAGAGAAACCUUUUGAAUGUUCAGAGUGUGGAAAGAGAUUUGCUAGCAGUGGCAAUCUUCAAAUACAUCUAAGAACCCAUACAGGGGAGAAACCUUUUGAAUGUUCAGAGUGUGGAAAGAGAUUCAGUCAGAAGAACAAUCUUCAAAUACAUCAAACAACCCACACAGGGGAGAAACCUUUUGAAUGCUCAGAGUGUGGAAAGAGGUUCAGUCAUAGUAGAUAUCUUCAUCUACAUCGAACAACCCAUAAAGAGGAGAAACCUUUCGAAUGCUCGGAGUGUGGAAAGAGAUUCAGUUACACUGUCACUCUUAAAAAGCAUCAAAGAACCCACACGGAGAAACCUUUUGAAUGCUCGGAGUGCGGAAGGAGAUUUAAUCGCACUUUCGAUCUUCAAGAGCAUCAAAGAACCCACACUGGGGAAAAACCUUUUGAAUGCUCGGAGUGUGGGAAGAGAUUCAGUCUGAGUGGCACUCUUCGAAAGCAUUUCAAAACCCACUCAGGGGAGAAACCUUUUGAAUGCUCGGAGUGUGGAAAGAGAUUCAGUCAGAGUGGCACUCUUCAAGAGCAUCAAAGAACCCACACUGGGGAAAAACCUUUUGAAUGCUCGGAGUGUGGGAAGAGAUUCAGUCUGAGUGGCAGUCUUCGACUCCAUUUCAAAACCCACACAGGGGAGAAACCUUUUGAAUGCUCGGAGUGCGGAAGGAGAUUCAAUCGCACUUUCGAUCUUCAAGAGCAUCAAAGAACCCACACUGGGGAAAAACCUUUUGAAUGCUCGGAGUGUGGGAAGAGAUUCAGUCUGAGAGGCAGUCUUCGAAAUCAUUUCAAAACCCACUCAGGGGAGAAACCUUUUGAAUGCUCGGAGUGUGGAAAGAGAUUCAUUCAGAGUGGCACUCUUCAAGAGCAUCAAAGAACCCACACUGGGGAAAAACCUUUUGAAUGCUCAGAGUGUGGGAAGAGAUUCAGUAGCAGUGGCAGUCUUCGAAUGCAUUUCAAAACCCACACAGGGGAGAAACCAUUUGAAUGCUCAGAGUGUAGAAGGAGAUUCAAUCGCAGUAGCAGCCUUCAAAGGCAUCUAAGAACACACACAGGAGAGAAAAGUUUUGAAUGCUCAGAGUGUGGAAAGAGAUUCAGUCAGAGUUGCAUUCUUGAAAAUCAUGAAAGAACCCACACAGGGGAGAAACCAUUUGAAUGCUCAGUGUGUGGAAAGAGUUUCAGUCAGAGUAGCCACCUUCAAAGGCAUCUAACAACCCACAGGACAAGAAAGUUUUGA